AAAAGGUGGUAUAAUUUUGUGAUGAUCGUUCAACAUAGCUCACGUGUUUUCUCAGUAGUUGUCACCAAACCGCGAUCGUGAUCGUUAUCCAUUUCCAUGGAACCCCAGCCGUCAACAUCAUGGGCGAUCGAUGCAGACUAUGUUGUGAAAUGCGACAAAUCAACGUGGACGCACGAGAACACCCCGCCCCCGCUCUAUCCGGAGACCAUCGAGGAAAGGAUACUAAGUGCGUCGCGGGACAAGCUAUCGCCCAAAUUACGACUCAAACCGAUCUGUCAACCGCCGAGAAACAUCUCACCCAUUCCGGAGGGAUCAAAAUCGCAUGAUUCUUCGUUGCCACGACAAUCCAGUAUAGUUUCCGAUUCGGAAGCCGUCGGCGGAGGAACGUUUCGCGUUUGGUUGAUGGUUACGAUUUUUAGUCUACAUUGGUUUGUCUCGGGUGCGAUCUCCUGCGUCGGAUUGGCCCUUACCUUGGCUCCGCCCAGUCCAGAGCAUGCCUGCCAUUUGUACUUUAUAAUAGUGUACUUGCGGGCUGUCUACUGGAUCGCAACCUACAUCCAACACGAACAGAUCAAACCGGCCUGCCAGAGGUUGAUCAACCAGAACUACAAUCUCUAUCUGGACAUGAGCUGCUACCGGAAGGCUCCCCUGCAAAUAGUGUCCAUCUGGAAUAUCGUACUGUUGGCGGUGCAGAACUACACUCGGUCGCUGUUCUUGGUACGUCAGCACGGUGCGGAUCUCUGCGGCGGGAUCAAUGGUGAUAAUGAUUUCCACAGUUUGCAAAUAUCACCACAGAUGUUCAUAGUGAUCUUCUGCGCAUUGGAAACGAUCACUUUAGGCUGCUUUUACAUUCCGGCGAUCACGCGAUUGAUUCGAUCAACGUUGCCCCACCAGGACGCAGAAGAUACCCCGAACCAGACUCUGUCCAAUCUGGAUGACAUUCCGAUCAAUCAGCGACUGAAGCGCCAGGCAGAACAGGUCAAAAUUUUGCGCGUAGCUUAUCUGAAGCUGAGAUACGAAGCAGCAGCGCUUGGGGCAUUCGAUUGUUAAAAAGUGUGUAAGGAUCUUGUUGGUCUUAGAUUCUUUGUAACGAUUCAGUUUUGUUUUGUACUUUUUGCGUGUUUGUGUCUAUUACAUUUUGAUAUGGAAUUAUCA